ACAAUGAACUGGCAUGUCAUAUCAACAAUUAAUAUUAGAAAAUCAUAACAUGUCAUGAUGCGAACAAUUAUCUUUGUUUUUAUAAGUGUUAUUUUAGAAUCAAGGGGAUAUGGGAAAAUUGUUGGAGAUUGUUCACCACAGGUGGACAUGCCAUGCACAUUACAUAAGCUGACUGGAAAUGAUUGUUUGCCAGUGAACCUGAGAACAGAAUUUUCGUUUUUUGAAACAAGCACUGCGAAAUUUCCUGGGAAGCCUGGAUCCUUGGAUGCAGUGGGAAGUUAUAGAAUGCACCCAAAUAACAACUGGUAUCCAGAGGUCAAUUUAACGUUUACAACGCCGCAAAAUGCUGGGAAGAAUUAUGUUAAGGGUUUUGAAGUUAUUCGUUAUGCUGCGUCAAAUAAUAAUAGGCCAACUUGCUACAUACUAGAUCUAUCAAACGUAACUUGGGAUGAAAACUCUGUGGCAGACAUGCAUACAAAGUUCAGACUGGACUUGUAUCCCCUAUAUCCAACAGAUCCUAGAUAUUUUGCAUUUGAAGUAUAUGCUUUGCCGAAGCAGCAAAAUAUGGAUGACAAAUUUGAUCAGUAUUUACAAACGUUUAUUCAGUUUCCAGGCUUUAUACCAGUAAAUGAAAGUUCUCCAAGAAACUGGCUUGCAACAAUAGAUUUCACACAAGACAGUAAUCUCGGAACUAUAAAUGUAACAAUAGAACAACCACCAGCUGAGUAUAGUUUCACCUUGUUUGAAUACAUUUUGGUUCAUAGUGGAUCUAUAGUGCCUUUCAUUCUGGAAAAAUCAAAAAACACAUGGUACCAGUUCACAAAAGUACCGACUGGCGUGUAUCAAAUUUGGGUGAAACCUGCGAAGGAUGAGGACCACUGUCCAUGUAAAGAUGUAACUGGCCUAGUCUGUGAUCACUGCACGAAUACGAUGACAAAGAAUUUCUCCUUUAACUACACUGGUCCGCCUUUCCCAAGGACUACAUCCCGACAAGUGGAAAUUGUCAAUCCUGUAAAUACGAUAACAACAACUGGUUUGACAUCAAAAACUUCUGGAGGUGGAACAACUACUGAGAGUAUGGAAAGAUUGUCAACACAGAGUCCCGAAGUCUCCAAGGCGCAGGUUGCCAUGGCAGCAGUUGAUUCACCAACGAUCGACCUCAUAGCAAUUAAAACAUAUACAACAGGACAAGGAGCUUUGACCCUUCGUUGUACUGCAGAUUCUAAUCCCGCACCUGACUAUGUUUGGCUACUGCCGGAUGGAUCAGAGAGUAUUGGAUCUCAUUUGGAACUCACGAAUCUUACCGUUGGAAACUCGGGAUUCUACAUGUGUAUUGCUCAUAAUGUUUUCAAAGGUGAAAAUCAUACAACAAAUACAACAACUUAUAUACGCGUUGAAAAAGCGCCAACACCGAGUACAGAGGUCACCACUACCACACCUUCUUCGAUUCAAACAACAUCUGGUGAAGCUUAUUACAGCCUGAAGGGAGCUAUACAUGUGGUAUGCACUAACUAUCACUGGAAUAUUACGGUAGAAAUGGACAAAAUACGACAUAUCUACCCAACAGCAAGGGCAUCUGAUAUAUACCUUGGGGAGAAUAAAUGUAAAGGUGUGCAAAAUGGUGACCUUCUGGUAUUUCAACAUGACCUUUCCGAAUGCUUAACUAGUGAACUGCCUGUCAACGGAAUUGAAGUGUACAACAACGAACUAAUUUAUGCGGAGCACGAUCCUGUAUACCUGUUUAUAGUGUUGCACUAUAACUGGACAGUUGGAGUAGAAUGUGACAUAGGACAAAACGGAACUGCUAUAGGUGGAUUUUCUAGUAAUGCGACCAGCGCGAUAGCUCAUAAUAUCAGUAGUCCCCAAUACCCCGUCAGCGUGUCCUUUUAUAAAGAUCAGGAUUUCAUCCACGAAAUAGGUAAAGGAAACCCUUUGCAUGCUCAGAUAGGCUCGCACGUCUACGCCAAGGUGUUUACAACAGUCACUGACUGGAACAUCAGGAUGCGGGUCCACACGUGUUACACAAAACCGACUGAGCAAGUGCAUGACCACAUGAAGUACUUUCUAAUAAAGGAUGGGUGUGAAGUAAACACGAACACCCACAUAAUUUCCCAGUCUACGCAUGAGACAAGAUUUGUGUUUGACAGUUUCGAGUACUCAAACAGCCAUGAUGGGAUCUAUGUGUUUUGUGAUGCCCUAUUCUGUGACUCCUCCGACUGGUCGGCCCAGUGUCGCCAAACGUGCAACCCAGUCACAUAAGGGAAUUCUGCAACCUGAAAAGCAGAAAACUGAUUUAAUGAUCACGAACACAUUUCAUAAUGUAAUCGAUUCUAGUUUACUUGUUAUUUACGGAUUUUAAGUAGUUAUUUCAAUGUAGAAUUUCUUAACAUGAUUAUUUAUCAGUUUAUAAUACCCCUACAAACGAAGUGAGCUUGUCAGUUGGAUGGUCGGUCUGUCUGUCGGUCCGUUUGUUUUCAUGCUUUCCGGACAAUAAAUCAUAAAAGGCUUGACAGAUUUAAAUAAUUUUGGUACACAGGUGUAACAUCAUAAAAUACAGGUCAAUUUCGACUUUGUCUACAAUCCACCAUUUUCUGACGUAGUUAUGGCCCCUUUCCAACUUAAAAAUUGCCAAACUCAUGGUUUUAGGAUGAAAGGCAUGACAGAUUUAGAUAGUUUUUGUAACAUCAUAAAAUACAGGUCAAGUUCGACUUUGGCUACAAACCACCAAUAUUUUGACGUAGUUAUGGCCUCUUUCCAACUAAAAAUUUGCCAUACUUCUGCGGCAAAGCUGUAUUGUAUUGAGGGGGUAUUAUUCGUCACUCCUGUGACAGUUCCAGUUUAAAAAUCUCUUUUAUUCAUUUGGAAUGUCAUUUUUCGUAAUAGCUUUUCAGCAUGUUCAGGAAAUGAAUUUAGGAGAAAAGACAUGUGCAUGUAUUGGAGCGGAAAUAUAGAUAAGAUACCUCGGGAAUUUUUAAAUUACGGUUUUGAUUUUCAUUUCUAAUGAAUCAUAUGAUGUUAUGGAGGAUUUUCUUUUUUUCAUGUUCAACAUUCAUUUAACAAGUCAUUUUAUUUGCUGAAAUUCUAAAAUAAUCUAGCAUUGUCUAGAAGUGGCAAGAAAAAAGGAAGAUAUUAGUAUUCUUUUAUGUUCUACUUUUGGCUGGAUUCUAUUUAAAAUCUUUAAAAAGAUGACAGAUUGAU